UCUCUCUUGACUCUUCUCUUCAUUCUUGACCGACGGCGACCCGGUCUCCCGUCCCUCUCCCCUUUCUCUCUAUCUCUCCCUCCGCCGACGCCGCCGAGGACCUGGGAGAAUCCACCAUCGGAGCAGGGGCCCUCCACCACCACCCUACUUCGCCACCGCCCUCCUUCUCCCGUGCAGGAGAUCCGAGGGUAUCUCGUGCUAGGAAGAUCAUUGAUUUUGGAAGAACAAGAUCCCACAUGGAACCAUCCUCGCAGCCCGAGCCUGUGAUGGGUGUUGCUACUGCUGGGUCACAAGCAUAUCCUCCUGCUGCUGCCUAUCCGCCUCCUGGCAUGGUACCUGGAGCUCCUGCCAUCAUUCCUCCUGGCGCACAGUCAACAGUGCCAUUCCCCACUAAUCCAGCUCAACUCAGUGCUCAGCACCAACUGGUCUACCAACAAGCUCAGCAAUUCCACGAACAACUGCAGCAACAACAGCAACAGCAACUCCGUGAUUUCUGGGCUAGCCAAAUGGUGGAGAUCGAGCAGGCAGCUGACUUCAAGAACCACACCUUACCACUUGCAAGGAUAAAGAAGAUAAUGAAGGCCGACGAGGAUGUCCGAAUGAUCUCUGCAGAAGCUCCUGUUGUCUUUGCAAAGGCUUGCGAGGUAUUCAUCUUAGAGUUGACACUUAGGUCAUGGAUGCACACUGAGGAGAACAAGCGCCGGACCUUGCAGAAGAAUGACAUUGCAGCUGCCAUUACCAGGACUGACAUCUAUGACUUCUUGGUGGAUAUCAUUCCUAGGGAUGACAUGAAAGAAGAGGGCCUUGGGCUUCAAAGGGUGGGCUUGCCACCUCCUCCUGGGGCACCAGCUGAAGCAUAUCCUUAUUACUAUGUUCCAGCACAGCAGGUACCUGGAGUAGGAAUGAUGUAUGGUGGUCAGCAGGGUCACCCAGUGACAUAUGCGUGGCAGCAGCCUCAAGGGCAACAGGUAGAGACCCCUGAAGAGCAGCAGCAGUCUCCCUGAAAGUAGCUAAGAGAUGAUACAGUGAAGUUAUGACAUGAUCCUGAACUUAGGGCCUCCAAACUCAUGAUUAUGUUAAUUUAUGCCCAUCAUUGUUGCCUGCGAUGUUUACUUGAUUAGCUCAAGGUUCCUAAUGGUAGUUUCGAUACUGAUAUGGCAGCAGUAGGAAAAGAUUGUGAUUUGGUAGGUGAUUUGCAACUGAUGUAGUAACAGUACCUUCUUCCCCCCUAUAGUUUCUAAUCCGAUUUUCGAGAUGCUGGCCUAUGAAGAGCCUUGUAAGAAUUGAUUGGUGGAGAUGCAUGUGAUGCGGCAUCUGUUUGUUUGCCUCAUUUACCUCUCAUCAUGCUGCCUGCUUUUCAAGAGUCCUGCCUUCCUGAUUUGGCAGUUACCAAAGCAUGAAGACUACUCUUGAAUCAUGGAAAACAGGUUGGUUCCUUUUCUUGUAAUGGAUCCUAUGUCUGUGCGAAAGAUAGAACUGCCUGUCUACUCAGUCUUCAAGGAAUAUUGGGGGCAGAAAUUAUUGUGCUUUAAUGUGUGACCGUUGAAUCAACAUGCUUUUGAAUAUGUG